AUGAAAGGCUCUAAAAUUGCUAGUCAACCUAUAGCUACUCAAUACACAUUGUCAAAGAAACAAUGUCAAGAGAGCAAGGCUGAAAAGGAGGAAAUGAGCAAGAUACCCUAUGCUAAUGCCAUUGGAUCUGUUAUGUACGUAAUGGUAAGCACAAGACCUGACCUUGCUUAUGCCAUUAGUGUACUUAGCAGAUUCAUGACAAACCCUGGAAAGACACAUUGGCUUGCUAUGAAAUGGCUACUAAGGUACUUAAUUGGGACAACUAAACUACGACUCAAAUACAAACAACAACAGGGAAAGACAGUUAUAGAAUGCUUCAGUGAUGCAGACUAUGUUGGGGACAGAGAUAGUAGAAAAUCCACCUCUGCCUACAUACUACUAAUGGGGGGAAACUGUGUGAGUUGGAAGGUACAAUUACAACCAGUUGCGGCAUUGUCCACAACUGAAUCAGAGUAUAUUGCAACUACAGAGGCUAUCAAAUAA